AUGAGCCACAGAAUGGACUAUCAUUCAGGUUCUCCGCAUAGGGGAGCUCAAGCUGAGUAUUGCGGCUAUCAACCCAAACUGACCGGAUCCCCCUCUGCAUCCAGGACCGUUGGCUUUGAGUCGACUACCGCAAUGACGCUGAAGAGCGAAUUCGGAUCCGUUCAGAGAUCAUCGGAGAGCCUUUUCGAUUUAUCAAACCCAUUUACCGAGGUUUUGACAAAAAUGAAUGAGAAAGAACAGCUCCAUGGGCUGAACGACCGUUUCGCCGGAUUCAUAGAGAAGGUGCGUCAUUUGGAGCAUCAAAAUGAAUUGUUCGAGAGGGAAAUCGAGGAAAUCAAACUAAAGGCACAGUCCCCUGCGUCUCUGGCCCAGGAGCACGAGCCAGAGCUUAUGGACCUGAGGAACCUAGUUCAUGACAUCACCCUUCAGAAGCGUCAGAUCGAGAUAGAGCAUCAGAACCUGGAGGAAGAUUUCCUCACCUUGAGAGACAAGUAUGAGCAGGAGGCACGUGACCGCUCGAACGCAGAGAACGGCAUCCUUGUGCUGGAAAAGGACGCCAACGAUGCAUACCUCGCCAAACUUCAGUUGGACAAGAAAGCGCAGUCUUUGGUGGACGAGAUCCACUUCCUGAAGAACAACCAUGAGGACGAGAUAUCAGAAAUGGUGGCCCAGAUCCAAGAGGCUCAAGUAACGGUCAAGGCGCACGACUUUGGCAAACCUGACAUCACAGAGGCUCUCCGGGACAUCCGUGUGCAGUUAGAAGGUCACGCCACCUCCGACAUUCAGCAGGCCGAGGAGGGCUUCCGUGUCCAGUUCACAAAGUUAACCAAAGCGGCAGAAAGUAACAGAGAGGCGUUGAAGGCAACCCAACAGGAGAUCCAGGAGAAUAGAAGGCACCUGCAGGGGAAAACAUUUGAACUGGACUGUGGUAAAGGAAUGAGAGAGGCCCUGGAAAAACAACUACAAGAGCUGGAGGAGCGUCACUAUGCAGAAUUGAUUCAUUACCAGACAAAGAAACUCCUGGAGGGUGAGGAGUCCCAUCUGUACACCAUCUCUGACACCCACAUCUCCAUGCCCUGCAUCUACCGCCAGUCCCCCGUCUACACCCUGCCUUGCCUGGCCCGGCAGGGAGGGCCCACACGCAGGUCUGAACCCCAGUACAAGUUUAUUGAGGAGAUCAUCUCUGAGACCACCAGAGACAUGGAGAUGUCCGAGAUCGAGGAGACAGGCUCCGAGGAGACAGUCGGGGGAGAGGGAGACGAGUUGAGACAGAAGCAGGGAGAAGAGAGUGACAAAGCUGAGAGGAGGAGUGGGGAAGAGGAGGAUGAGGACAAAGAGAAAGCUAAAGGUAAAGUGGAUGUUGAAGUGGACGCCCCGGAGGAAGAGGGUGAACAGGAGGAAGAGUCUAAGAGACAGCAGAUGGUAACAUCAGCAGAGGUCGAGGUAAAUGGAGACGGAGUUAGCCCUAGUGAGGGAGAAAAUGGAGAGGAGGGAGAUGAUGAAAGAGAGGAGAAAAAGGGGGGUGAGCCAGAUGCAAUCAAAAAGAGAGAGGACAUUGACAGAGGUGAACAUACACAAAGUGAAGUCAAAUCAGCUGAGGCAACCAGUGAGGGAGAGAAGGAAAAACUGGACACAACAGAGAAGCUAGACAGCGAGAUAAAUGAGACAUUAGAAAAAGAUGACACCCCAAAUCAUGGCAAAUCCCAACCAGGGAUUCCCAAGAAUGGUGACAUCUCAACAGAACCCAAAACGUCAGAGUCAGAGGAUAGCAAAACAGGAAGUUCAAUAAAGGGUGAACCACAGGUCCCCACAGAGGACAUCUCCAAAGAACCCAAAAAGGUGUCAGAGGAGAGAAAAAAAGAAAUCAAUUUAAAAGAGAAAAAAGAGGUAGAUCUGAAAGAGGAGAGUGCCCCAACAGAGCAACAACAAGAUAGCCCUAAAGAAAGUCCCAUCAAAGAGAGAAAAAAGGUAAAUCUGACAGAGCAGAGUGCCCCAACACUGGAGCAGAAACCUGAUCAGAAGGAGCACAGAGAGUCAGACCAACCUCAAGAGGCAGAGAGUGCUGUGACAACACAAGAAGAGGAUCUCCCUGAGCCCACAGAGAAGGACAUGGAAUACCCUGAUGACACUGCAGAGCUCAACAGCAGUUCAACCAAGGAGACAGUGGAGCAGGUGAAGUCACCUGAUGAUUCUGGUGUAAAAACGACACAAGAUGAGAGAACAGUAGGAGAAUCAACAACCGCCCCUAAACCAGACUCAACCCUCACCCCAGAAACAACGACCACCCCUACAGAAGAGAGUGAAAUGAUAGGCAGUGGUGACAAAGCUAAGACAAUCACACCACCAGAGGAACAGAUGCCUGCAGUUGCAGAGGGCAAGGACUCACACAGGGGGGUGCCAGAAAGCAACACAAUUCAGGAGAAACCAGAGGAAAGUAUGGACAAAGAGCCUGAGAAGGUUACAGAUCCCAACGAUGGACCACCAAAGACAGGUAAGGGUAACUUCAAGUUCCUUGGCUUCCACAUCACCAACAAACUAACAUGGCCCAAGGACACCAAGAAAGUCAUGAAGAGGGGCCACUGCCGAAGCUACCGGGGAUGCCUUAGACAGUCCGUCAUGCUCCCACGCUUCAGCUGGCUCUUCAGGUUCCCGUGCCUCAUCAGGGGUGACCGGCCUGCUCCUGGUACUCGGGACCGUUCCUCUGGUCGGCGUCCUGCUUCUUGA